UUUCUUCNGGGGUUUUUUUUUCUGAAAAAAUCAUGAAGGCCUAAAACGCAGAGCAACAAAGAAAAGAGUGGGUUCUGUACUGUCUUAGCUUGUCCCCUUCCACUUAAAACAGUUCAAUUUCUAAACUCUCUCUCUCCUAACCUAUCUCCCUCAAAUACACACCCAAAAAAAAAGGGGGAAAAAAUAAUAGAAGUCUAAAAGGGGCACUACCACAUUGGCUUUCUUCAGCCCUUUUGCUUCUGUGGUUUGCCAAAGCAAUUGCCCAUGUCUGUUUCAUCUGCUCCCCCUUAAAACAUAGCUGCAAAUGGGGGAGGAAUCAUACUUUGAAUUUCUUGUUAUUAUUUGAUGCCUUCUCUCUCUGUUGUAAAAAAGUUCUCAUCUUUCUAGAUUAAUUUCCCUAGUUUCUACUGUUGAUUAUACACUGCUCACAGACAUCUGUAUGACUUUUGUUUUUUUGAAUUUUUUUUAUUACUUUUCUGUUCUUGACUUAGUGGAGAACUGGAGAUCCCUCUUCUGCUCUUCUUGUUAUAAAGACUCCACCUUUAUGAAUUUCACUGACCGCAAAUUGACUUCUUUUGGCAAUAUACGAGCCCUUUUUGUGUUUCUGGCCUUUUUACUUGUUUCUUGAGUGUAUUAUUCCUUCUGCAAAAAGGAAAAAUAAUAAAAAAACGAGACAUAAAAAGGAAGAAUCUUUGAGGGCAUCCAUGGAAAUUGAUCUGAAUCAUGUUGUGUUUGAGGUGAAUAACUAUAAUAAUGCAUGUUUGAAAGGUGGGAAUUGUGAAAAGGGGGAAGGUGUUAGUUUUUGUGUUCAUGGGUGUUUGUCAAAUUCUGCAAAUGCAUCAUCUUGUUCCUCAAAUGCUGACUCAUCAUCAUGCUCCUCAAAAUCUGGUCAGUCCUCAGUGUAUGUAGAGCUGUGGCAUGCCUGUGCUGGGCCCUUAACCAGGUUGCCCAAGAAAGGGAAUGUUGUGGUUUAUUUCCCUCAGGGCCACUUGGAACAGGCUGCCUCCUCACCAUACCCUCCGGUGGACCUGCCCGCUUUCGAUCUCCCCCCGCAGAUCUUUUGCAGGGUUGUGGAUGUUGAGUUUCUUGUAAACAAGGAAAAUGAUGAAGUGUAUACUCUUCUGAGUCUAAUUCCGAUACCAGAGCGUGUAGUGUCUGAGCAGCUGGCAAAGCUAAAUUUAGAAGGCAAAGAGAGUGAGAAUGAAAGCUCCAAAGAUGAUGAAAACAAAACUUUGUCUGCAAAACCAACUCCUCACAUGUUCUGCAAAACACUUACGGCUUCUGAUACGAGCACCCACGGUGGAUUUUCUGUUCCCCGGAGGGCCGCGGAGGAUUGCUUCCCCCCUCUGGAUUACAAGGAACUAAGGCCCUCACAGGAACUCAUUGCCAAAGAUAUCCAUGGAGUGGAGUGGAAAUUUAGACACAUCUAUAGAGGUCAGCCGAGGCGACAUUUGCUUACGACGGGAUGGAGUAUUUUCGUCAGCCAAAAGAAUCUCGUGUCUGGUGAUGCUGUUUUUUUUUUGAGGGGAGAGGAAGGUGAACUAUAUUUAGGCAUUAAAAGAGCCGCUCGGCCUAGAAAUGGUUUACCUGACUCGAUCCUUAAAAAUCAGAGUUCUUAUUCCAAUGUGCUCUUGUCAGUUGCAAAUGCUUUAUCGAGCAAUAGCACAUUUCAUGUUUUCUUCAGCCCAAGGGCAAGCCAUGCUGAUUUUGUCAUCCCUUACCAAAAGUACGUGAAGGCCACAACGAGCACCAUAUCUGUCGGGACAAGAUUCAAGAUGAGAUUUGACGUUGAUGAUUAUCCCGACCGAAGGUUUAGUGGAGUGGUGACUGGCAAUGGUGAUGUAGACCCGUAUCGAUGGCCUCACUCGAAAUGGAGAUGCCUUACGGUACGUUGGGAUGAAGAUAUAAUGAGCAACCACCAAGAACGAGUUUCUCCUUGGGACAUUGACUUAUCGGGCAACUAUACACCCAUCACCAUUCAAUCCUCCCCUCGCUCGAAAAAACUCCGACAAAGUGAGAUGAUUGCACUUUUGGAGUUCCAAGAGUCUUGGAGAUCAUCAAAGGUCUUGCAAGGUCAAGAAAAUAUAUUCUCCGUAUCAAAUCUGUACGGAGGCAACCGGAUGAUGAAUCGCCAGCUGGCGGCAUUUAAUCCGUCACCAAAUGGGACUGAAAUCCUCAGCCACGUCACCUUUGACUUUCCGGAAUCCAAUCGGAUUCCAAAGGUCUUGCAAGGUCAAGAAAUUUGCUCGCUUAAAUCCCUCGCAGGGAAAAUUAACUCGGGCCACAAUCCGUGCUUCUAUCCUCUAGCUUCAGAAGGUUCUAGAAAAGUACCCGUUCCCAAGAAGGGCAUUUAUGGAACAGGACAACAUUUUUCCAAUUCGCAUCAUGUGGUGAAUCCAGCUUCUGUUUUACGUGGUGUGGAAGCUAAUGUCCAUGAGCCGAAGGCACAUGAUAAGGAGAAAGUGCCGGGAUUUAAACUAUUUGGGUUCACAUUAACUGAAGAUAAUAAUGAAGCUGAUGUUGGUUUGAAGGGUUGUUCUUCAAGUAAGAGGAGCUGCACAAAGGUUCACAAACAAGGCAGCCGAGUGGGGAGAUCGGUUGACCUCUCUAGGCUUCAAGGUUACGAUGAAUUGUUGAUUGAUCUCGAGAAGUUGUUCGGCAUGAACGGGCUUUUGCGGGACCCAGAGAAGGGAUGGCGCGUGUUGUAUACCGACAGUGAUAACGACAUGAUGGUGGUUGGUGACGACCCGUGGCAGUAAGUUCCCCCUCACAACAUCAUUAUUAUUCUUGUGGUGGAAAAAUCAGAGAUUUAACCCCGUAAAUGACACUGAAUUGAGAAACAGUCAGGUGGUAUUUUACACACAAAAAAUAAAUUAAAAAAUGAAAAUAAAAAAUUGAAUUUUGGUCCUUCC